AUGGGGGGGCGCGAUAAUAGAUCCGUCUAUGUCAAGACUAAAAAGACUCGUGGGGGUUCCAGGGUCCAAAAGCUUAGGAGAUCUCAGCGGAAUAUUAUCGUUAGGAUCAAGAGAGAAGAGCUUUCAAACCAGGAACAACCGACUCAGGAGCCCACUCCACCUUGCUCUCCGCGGCCUGGUUGUGUGCGUCGUUCUUCGGCGCCGCCGAACAAGAAUAUCACUACGGCGAUUAACCAGAGAUCUGAUAAACUAGAAUCUAAGUAUACGGGAUCAGUCCCCCUCCAAAGUCAAGGCCCUGGAAUCACCAAUCAAUGCCAGGAGCCGAGGGAAUUUGGACCUGUUGAGAUAGAAUCUCAAGCACCACAACAGCCCACAGUCAAUUGGGAUUGCGUGUCCUAUGUAGUUUCAGACCAGAAGGUGCAGACCUCCUAUGAGAAGCCUGAGAUGAGCCCUAUAGAAGUGGACUCGGACGGGAACCCGAUUCCCAGCAGCACCAGGGUCCAGGCAUAUGGAAAAAUGGUGACGAAGACGGUGACUAUGACUGUAACCACUACCAUCGCAACGACCGAAAUCUUGCGGCCCGGCGAAGAAGGUUACGAGGAGAGCGUAGAGCGUCAAAAGAGACAGAGAGAGCAGGGACCGGAGGAAAAACAGAAGCAGGAGAGGCAAUAUCACGAGAGCAGGAAAUGGGCGAACGGGGACAGGACAAUGCACGAGAACUUUCAUUUUACACACCACCGGGCUGCCCAGCCAGCCCCAUCUACUACGGUGUAG